GCCGACAAAAAGUCGCCAAGCGCGUCCUAAUCAAUGCUAGCAACUACCGCGCAGAGAAGGUGGAGAAUGACGUGACCAGAGCGGCGGAGAAGGCAGGGCGGGGAGGGGAGGGAGAGCCAGUGAGAGAUGGCGCGCGCGGUUGCCGAGAAGGGAAGGGAGGGAGAGGCGGAGGUCGCGCGCGCACUGCGCUGGCCGCGCAGUGCCCGGCCGGGGCUGCUCAAAGAGCAUCGAGCAGGUACCCACCGUUCCGGCAUUCCUGCACCUGACAGGGAGCAGGCCCGCGCGGCCGGGGCCCGCAGCUGCGGCGGCCCCCGCUCUGCUCCGGGGGGGCGCGGCGGGGGCCAGCGGGCGCGCGCGCGGCGGCGGCAGCGGGCGGCUCCGCGAGCCCGGCCCUGCCCUGCCCGGCGGGCGUUGCGGCUCGCAGACGUGGCGGAGCCGAGAUGAAUUAUUGAGAGCCUCAGCAGCUAGGGCGGAGGAGGCGCAGCUGGGCACGCGCGGCCCGCUCCUCGCAGGGCGGCUGCUCGCAGGGCGGCCUCUGGAGCCGCCGCGGGGGGUGCCCGAUCCGGCACCUCGAGCAGCAAGCCUGCGCUGCCUCCGACGGCCUGCGCGGAGGCACUCCGCGAGUCGUGGAGCGCGCUCUCGGGGGGCAGCGGGACGGACGAGGGAGAAGGAGGAGGGACGAGGGAUGGAGAGGAGAAGGGCCCACAGGCGCGACAGCCCGAGCCCCCCGCACCGGGGCAGCCACAGCGGCGCCCCAGCGUGGCACCGUCCGCCGCGCCAUUAUGGCCGACUCGAGGCCCGCAACGCCACACGCUGCCGCCGCAGGGCUUCGGCUGCGGCGACCAACACCGGACCGGCAUGCCGGGAGCGCAGAUGCGAGGCGCUACGGACGGCCCGUAUCAUCAGGAUGCUACAACAACUUCUACACAUAGGGCGACGGCUACACUUUCGGCCAGCACGACGGCAACGGCUACCAGCACGGCAACGUACUAGGAGCGACCCACACGGCAACGGCGACCAGCACGGCAGCGGCGGCCAGCACGGCAGCGGCUGCCGCCAGCCAGGCUGCGACGGGCACCCGCCGGCCGGUGCUGCCCUCGAGGCAAGUUCCGCGCGGCGCACCCCGAGCGAAGGGGGAAGGAGGAGGAGGAGGAGGAGGAGGAGGAGGAGGAGACCCAGGGGGGAAGCGAAGGCAGAGCGCGCCGCGCGGUUGCGGCCAACCCCGCCCGUCCGGUGCCAGACAGGGU